AUGGAGUCAAUCUCACCUUUUUACUCUUCCACCCCGGAGGUGAAGUACUCUCCGCCAUGGCAAGAUCUCAGCAUUAUUGGUAUUGCUGGCAGUUCUGGCUCAGGCAAAACCUCAGUGGCCAUGGAGAUCGUCAAGUCGCUGAAUCUACCUUGGGUGGUGAUUCUAGUAAUGGAUUCGUUCUAUAAGAGUUUGUCUUCAGAUGAUCAUCGAAAGGCGCAUUCAAACGAGUAUGAUUUCGAUUGUCCAGAUUCAAUUGAUUUUGAUCUUCUGGUACAGACUCUUAGAGAUCUGAAGAAAGGAAAAAAGGCCCAUAUCCCAGUCUAUUCAUUUGCAGAGCACCAGCGUCAACCACAGACUACCACUCUGUAUUCCCCUCGAGUGUUGAUCUUGGAGGGCAUUCUUGCUCUGCAUGACCCCAGGAUUACCGAAAUGCUGGACGUCAAAAUCUUCGUCGAGGCCGACAUGGAUGUUUGUCUAGGCCGGAGAGUCCUUCGUGACGUGCGGGAAAGAGGCCGUGAUAUCGAAGGCAUCAUCAAACAGUGGUUUACCUUUGUCAAGCCAUCUUACACUCGAUUUGUGGAGCCUCAAAGAGGAAUCUCCGAUAUCAUCAUCCCUCGCGGCAUUGAGAACUUAACUGCCAUCGAUAUGGUUGUCAAGCACAUCCAGCGUAAGCUUCAAGAGAAGUCUGAAAAGCACACGGCAGAGCUUCACAAGCUGGGCCUUAUUGCAGCCAAGGUGGAACUUCCUCCUAAUGUCCAUGUGCAACCCUCAACGCCUCAGUUCCUGGGUAUGAAUACCAUUCUGCAAAACCCUGAGACGCAGCAGGAUGAUUUUGUCUUUUACUUUGAUCGACUUGCCUCCAUCCUCAUCGAACGUGCCCUGGAUAUGACACAAUACAUUCCUGCCAGUGUGGAGACACCACAAGGAAAUAAAUAUCUCGGUCUCAACCCACUAGGAACGGUGUCCGCUGUUGCUAUCCUACGUGGAGGCUCUUGCUUAGAGACUGCCUUAAAACGGAGCAUUCCCGACUGUAUCACCGGGCGGGUAUUGAUUCAGACAAACGACGCUAGUCAGGAACCGGAGCUGCACUAUUUGAAGUUACCUCCACGCCUGGAAGAACACACCAGUGUUCUAUUAUUGGAUCCACAGAUGUCUAGCGGCGGAGCUGCACUCAUGGCCGUGCGUGUUCUGCUUGACCAUGGAGUUCAAGAAAGCAGGAUCGUCUUCGUGACGUGCGCGGCCGGAGAAACAGGCAUCAAGCGCCUCAUUGCGGUCUUCCCCAAGAUCAACGUCAUCGUUGGUCGGAUCGAGGAAGAGGGAGAGCCGCGAUGGAUGGAGAAACGUUAUUUCGGAUGUUGA